AUCAUUAAAACCUUUCACUCACUCAACAGCAGGCUUUUGUUUGUUCUGCAGUUAAAAACAGAAAAAUUCGAGAAAAACAAGAAAAAGAAACACGACGCUGCCUUUAAAGUCGCGGGUCACGCGAGCUCCAGUGUCGUAAAAACUUUUUUCUCGACAUCCAAAUCCGAUGAUUUUUGGUCAGCAAAAACCAACAACACGAAGCUUUAAAGUGUGACUAGUUCGGGAAGAUGUUUCGCAGUAAAGUGAAGGCUCUGAGGCUGCUGCAGCUCGGAUACACACUCCGUCACACUGCUUCCUGCUCUAGGUUGGUUCUGGGCAUCGAGACCAGCUGUGAUGACACGGGAGCGGCUGUGCUGGAUGAGACUGGCGCCAUACUGGGAGAGUCUCUGCAUUCACAGAAGGAGGUGCAUCUCAGGACUGGAGGCAUCAUCCCUACCGUGGCCCAGCAGCUCCACAGGGAGAACAUUGAGCGUGUGGUCCAGGAGGCUUUGGAGAGGAGUGGCGUGGCCCCAAGCCAGUUGGCCGCCAUCGCCACCACAGUGAAGCCCGGGCUGGCCCUGAGCUUGGGUGUCGGACUUGAGUUCACUCGGCAGUUGGUGAGGCGGCACGACAAGCCAUUCAUCCCCAUCCACCACAUGGAGGCCCACGCCCUGACUGUGAGGAUGCUCCAGCCCGUCAGCUUCCCCUUCCUGGUGCUGCUCGUGUCCGGAGGCCACUCACUCCUCGCUGUGGCCCGGGGAGUUGAUGACUUCCUGCUUUUGGGUCACGCUCUGGAUGAAGCUCCCGGAGAUACUCUAGAUAAAGUGGCGAGACGUUUGUCCCUCGUCAAACACCCGCAGUGCUCCUCGCUGAGCGGAGGCCAGGCCAUAGAGCUGCUCGCUCGGGACGGCGAUAGGACGAAGUUCUCUUUCAGGACACCAAUGGGACAAACGCACGACUGCUGCUUUUCCUUUGCUGGACUCAGAAAUCAGAUUACGAUGACGAUAAUGAAAAAAGAAGCAGAGGAAGGUGUGGAAGAGGGGACACUGCUGAAAUGUGUGAAUGAUAUUGCAGCUGCCGCUCAGCACACCGUCGCCGCCCACCUGGCGAAGCGCACACACCGCGCCAUCCUGUUCUGCAAGGCAAACGGCCUGCUGCCGCCGAGCAGCCCCACCUUGGUGCUUUCUGGGGGAGUUGCGAGCAACCAGUACAUCCGAAAAGCUCUGACGAUUGUCACGGAGAUGACCGGUCUGCAUCUGAUCUGCCCUCCUGCAAAGUUCUGCACUGACAAUGGAGUGAUGAUUGCAUGGAACGGCGUGGAGCGGCUGAGAGAAGGAAAAGGGAUCCUGGCUCCAGAUGUUGAUGUUUGCUACGAGCCAAGGGCCCCGCUGGGCGUUGACAUCACAGCGGAGGUGAAGGCCGCCGCGAUCAGGCUGCCACCCUUAAAGAUGAAGAUCCCUAGCUGAUGUCAUUGUCAUUGCGAUUUCCCAAAGCAGUGUAUAACAGUACUGUAUCUAAAAAGGACAUUAUACGGAUAUUUAUUAAUAAAUAUUUUUUCUGAAACUGGUUUUGUUAAAAAAAAAAA